AUGAUUUUUAAUUUAUUAUCAUUCAUUGCAAUACUUUAAGGAGCCAUUCAAAUUAGUGAUUUAUCCUAUAUUUUCUACCAAUCAAAUAAGAUAUAGCUUACUUUACAUGAUUUUGAAACCCUCAAACUCAUAAUGUCAUUUCCAUGGUAAGGAAGCCAUAUUAUUUCAAAGGAUUAUCAAACCUAUAUGGGGAUUUUGUUCAGAUAUAUUUCCCAUUGCAAAAUAUAAAAGAAAACCUUAUUUGUUUAUUUUUGCUAUGAUUUGCUUUUUACUAGAAACUUUUAUGGCAAUAAGUGAUGUUGAUCGGAAAACGGCAUUCGUUAUAAUAUUUCUAAUUCAAUUAUGCAUUGUAUUUUGCAAUGUGAUUGCUGAGGCAGUGUUAGUUGAAUAAAGUCAUGAAGUUAAUACAAGCAGGAAUGUAGCUUUAUUUUUUGGAAUGAGAGCAGUUGGAGGAUAUCUCUAUACAUAUAUUGCAUUUAAUUUUCCUAUUCAUAGGAAUAGUAUAAUAUUUAGAUUUAUAAGAUUUUUAGGUCUUAUCUUUAUUUCCAUUACUGAUUGCAAUUUUAUCAAUCUUUCUUCCAGAAUAAUAAAUGGUUGAUGAAAUAAAAAUGAAGCAAUUAAGAGCCAAUUUACAAAAGUUCAUUUUGGAUCCAGUUAUAUAUAGACCAUUAUUAUUUAUCUUCUUUUUUAUGGCUACUCCUUCACCUGCAACUUCAAUGUUCUAUUUUUACAUUAAUCAACUUAAGUUAAAUGAUGAAUUUUUUAUAACUUUAAGAUAUACUUAUAGUUUUUGUACCAUAAUGGCAGUUACAGUUUAUUAUUUAUUCAGAAGAUAUCCAUUUGGGCAAUUCUUAUCUGUAUCAAAUAUGCUUUAUUUCUUUGCAUCAUUUUUAUCAUUGCUUUUAGUUACUAGAAUAAAUAUUGAAUACAAUAUCCCAGAUUAUUAAUUUUGUAUGUGGGAUAAUAUUUUGAUGUAAACCCUAUAAGAAAUAAAUACUUUACCAGUUCUUGUUUUGGGAGCUAAGAUGUGUCCUAAGAAUUUGGAAGGUAUAUAGAUUAUUAUCUAUGUUUUUAAGGAACUGUAUAUAGUUUAUUAACAGGAACUAUGAAUUUAGGAAAUACAAUUUCAAAAUAAAUAGGAAUAGUCCUCACUUUCUAUUUAGGUAUUACAAAUUAGAAUUUUACUCAUUUAUGGCUUCUAAUUCUAAUUUGUACUGUAGGAUCCUUAUUACCAAUGCCAUUUAUUGGGGCUGUAAAUGAAGAAGAAGUAGAUCAAAAGAAAAAAAGUCUUGCAAAGGAUGAAAUUCAUAUAAAAGUAGAAUGA